AUGGCGGAUGAUGCUAAGAAGGUCAAACGGAGAAAGAGUUUUAGCUUGCUGUUUGGCUCAACAGGGCUCUUGGGCUCUGACGGCUUUUCCGCCACAUCACGGCCAAAGUCGCACGGGCAUACUCGAUCCACUCCGGAUAAUUCCCCCCGCCGAUGUAAUGCUCCUGCUCCCGAUCAUAAUAAUGACGGUGAUGAUGUGUUGGGUGGCAAUAUAACCAGGCGCCGAAGGGGGAGCCGCCCGACAAGCAGUGGUUCAUUCUUUGGGAUUAUCGGCGUCAAACGCCGUUCUCGAAGCUUUGGUGACAACCUCAACAUGAAGAAAACCGGGCCUAGAUAUGUUAGUCGCGGCAGAGUGUCAUCCACUCCUCUGGGGUCCAACGACUGCCCCGUAACUGAGGCAGAAACUCACCUAUGGCAUCUUCCCCCCGAAUCUACCAUACGCGCCAGAUCUAAAUCCCUCCAGAAAUCGAAGCGGAAUUCUGUGUUUGGCUCCUUUCGCUCGUUGGGCACAUCUCUGGAUGACGACCAGGUCUCCACCAAAGCACGUUCAAAAGAAUCUUCCGGCGAAGAGGACGACUUCGCGGUCUUCUUCGACAGGCUACCCCUUGGCACCACCGUCCUCCACCACGGCGAGGUGCAGACAUCGGCGCCAAUGUGGAGGAAGAAGAGCCAGUAUCUUGUCCUAACGGACACCCAUCUCGUACGCUUUAAGAACCGGUCGAAAGCAGCCGAAGCAUUCCCUUCCAUACCCACCCAAUGGGGUCGAAACACGGGCUCCACGUUGACAUCGAACCGUCUUUCCGUGGUUUCCCUUGCUUCACUGCAGGAUAGUCCACUGCCUGGUGGCGGCGGUGGCGGAGACAGUGGGAGUGGCAUCGCGUUGAACAGAAUACUUGCUGUGCACAAGCUGGACGAUGGGCGGCCUUUCUUCUCUGUUGAGGUUUGCUACAUGGAGGACAAAUUGUCCAAAGCAUCGUCGUUACAGAUUCAGCUUACCGAUCCUCUCGAUGCAGAACUUUGGCGGUCUGGUAUUCGAGAUGCGGCGACAGAGGCGAGACUGGCGGAUCCUGUACCAUUCGAAAGGGAUACCGUCGAAUAUAUCUCCCGUACACUCGAUCAAGAACGUGAUUACGACCCGUAUUCGAUGUCAAUGCAUCGUGCUGUGCGAAGGCUCCCUGUCAAACAAGGCGGACGUUCCUCGAUCGAUGACAAUAUAAAACUUGCUUCCACGCCGUGCUACCUGGUAAUAGGAGUCCAUAAAAUUCAUAUUCUUCCCUUACCUAAGACGGCCAACCGCGCUUCGAUGGUGUCCUUGAGCGAACUCGACAUGGGCGAGUCUUAUGGUAUCCUGUCACUGGCAGCGCUAUAUAUGCAGCGCGGCGACGACGGACUCCAAUUGAUUUUUCGCCUACCGUUCAAGUCACCAGUACAUAUACAUUUAUCUUCGGCCUUUUCGGCGGAUAUCGCGCUUCACAUUCGACAACGGGCUGAGUAUUUACGCCCUCAAUGGCUUCAACAACCAUAUACGUUUAACGUUCCCCACUGGCUAGAGGAUCAGUUUCCCCCUCCUCCCACCAAGCCCGAAGAAGACGACGGUCACUUCGACCGUACUCUCACGGCAUACUGCGCUGCAUACGAUGUCCACGCCUCUAACAUUAGAUAUUCGAUCGAUUACUCGUGCGAAGAUGCGCCAUGCUUUCAGCUAAUCCCGCCUGCUGGUUCCAGAGAUGGAAAAGGGUAUGGCGUUCUUGAACUGUUAGCUGUCAUGAAAGCCUUGCGAUAUAAUGAAUCUUUCAGAACCAUAUCUUUCGGAGGUGUUAAUUUAGAUGUGCUGCAGAACCUGUACGAUCCAUAUGGUUUCGAUUACGAUGCGAUGCGGACACGCUCGAACGUUCCCCUUGAGAUUCCCGGGCAGGAGCAAAUGUCUGUCUUGACACAGGAGAUUCGGGCUUUGGCUUUGAAGAGCAAGGAGCUGAAACGCCUGAAUUUCGCAUUUUGUCUUACUCGAAUUCCAACGACGGGAAAGGGCGAAGUUGACCCCGGAUGCGGUAUUCCCGAGGCCAUAUUUCCGCUAUGCCGCCGAAGACUUACCAAGGUGGACUGGGUCGUGUUAAAUGGCAUAAAGCUUGGGGAUUCGGAUCUGGACUACUUGAUCGACGCUGCAUCUCAAACAGCAUCUAAGCUUCGUGCGCUCGAAAUUAGUCACUGUGGAAUUUCCAUCCAUGACCUCGAUUUGAUAUUGUCGACCAUGACUGCCCAAGAGGCCACCCUCGAAGCGAUCAAUAUCUCUGGAGUUCAAGGCCGAUUGAGUGCUGAAUUGUUUCAGCAACAGAUUGGCUACUUUGCGCAUAUCCGCAAGAUCAACCUGUCGCACAUCUCGCGCAAUACCGGCCCUGAACCGCUUAUUGCUCCGGAAACCCUGCUCAACUGGGAGUUGGAGGAACUGUCAUUGAGUCACACCGUCGUAAAUGAAAAGACCGUGGAUUCGAUCGCGGCAUAUCUCGCCAGCGAAAAAUCAAGCAAGCUACGUGAAUUGAGACUUGACCAGUGUGGACUUACCGGAGGAGACGUGGCCACGUUUCUGUACUUUAUGAUUGACGACAAGGGACGGCCACGAAAUAUCCAUCUUCAUGUCAGCGAGAACAGACUACACAUCGAUUAUUCCUUGCUCUUCGAAUCAAUUGUUCAGAAUAAGACUCCAACUCAUCUUACGAUGAGGAUGAUGGAUUUCCAAAAGGAGGAUCAUUUUAAACAGCUUAUUGAAGCAUUGAGGAAAAAUAAGUCUUUGAAAUACCUGGAUAUAUCGAAAGCUUCGCUUCCUUACGAUGCUGGGCCUGAGACGUGCACGGCGUUACAGAUGAUGUUUGAGGAGAACACGACGGUAGAAGAGUUGGAUAUCAGCGGGGAAUAUGCACAUCUGGAUGUUGCGAGAUUUGGGAUCGGACUAAAUCUUGCAUUGACUGGAUUGAAGAAGAACAAGACUCUGAAAGUUUUGAGGAUUGAGCAUCAGAAAUUAGGACUGCAAGGAGCUAGUACGCUUGCCUCUGUCUUGGAGGAGAAUGACUCUCUUCUUGAAGUGUACUGCGAGAAUAACGAAAUUAAUCUCCAAUCUUUUACCGUCUUGAUAAACGGGCUGCAGCGAAACAAAACCUUGCUUCACCUUCCAUGUAUGGAUCGGGAUCGAGAGCAGAUGUUGGAGAAAGUACGGCGUGAGAUACAAUCGGUUAACAAAGAGUCGAAACGAAGCAAUUCAAAUGGAUCCACAGGAGGGUCUUUUCGCCGGACGAUCCAGGCCGCCGUAAACGGCGCCAGUGUGGGCGGUACGAAGUUGACCAAGCCGAGUAAACCUCGCCAGACCAGUUCGUCUUUGAUCUCACCUUCUUCCAGCACCGGGACAACUUCAGAUUUUACGAAUCCCCAAGUUCAGGCAAUCCUGAAGUCGUUGAGCGAAAAGUGGGAUCUCGAAGUCGAGCGACUUCAGCGCUAUCUCUACCGCAAUUACAGCCUUAGACAUGGAAUCAGGCAGGUCGAUGAAAAUGGAGACGUUAUUGAUACCUGGGAUGCGUUGAGUGAUGGCCGUCCGAAAACAGCCACAAGUCUAGCCACGUUUCUAGACCAGUUUGCCUUGGAAACCAACCAGGAACGACUGUUACUAGACAGCGAUGCUGAAUCCCAGCAACACCCAGAGGCAGAAGUUGGAAGGAUGACGCCCCUAAGGCGACCGACAUUGCACAAGAAACUCUCCGGUAUCUUAUCAGCUCCAUCCCCCGAGCCCAGAAAGCAAAACAUCUCCUCGUACGGUCUCCCGUCUUCCACGCAGCUUGGCGGAACAAAUGGGAGUUCAACCCCGGUUCCGGCUCAUCCUCGCCCAAUGACGACACGCACUCAAACCAGCACAAGCUUUCUCAGCGGAGUUUCCAGCAACGCCAGCAUAAACACGAGCGAUGCUUCGGCAUUGGGGAUUCACAGAACCAGUAACACUUCGAAAGUAACGAGUGCCUCCUCGUCGCUGAGGAGCAUACUGACCGCUCGCACGCAAGGGGAAAAGUUUCUUUCGCAGAAGAAGAAGGACAACCGGGUAUCAGUGACCUUUGCGCACGCCCCAAGGCUAGAAUUGGAUUUGCCGAGUUUGGAUUUGUCUUAA